CGUGCAGAACACCAAUUCAAUGUCAAUGUUCUAAUUUAUAAAAGAUCUGAGACUUAAUACAUAUAAAUGGAAAACAGGCGGCUUUAUUUAGAAAGGCAAGUUUGCUUACACUCAUGUUCAACUGUUAUACAUUACUGAGGUAAGGAAGUAAGGCAGAGAGAUGGUGGAAAUAGAGGAAAAAAUAGACCAUCCUUGUGAUGAAGACAUACCACUGCAAAGUAAGGAAUCCCGUGGCGAAUGUUCCACCAAUGGAGGGAAAGGUUCUGAAGAUGAAAGGCCGGGCGAAGAGGUGGAGGUGACCAAUAUAUUGAUAGAUUUGAGCGAAGAUAAAGUACCAGAUGGAGGAUGGGGAUGGAUGAUUGUCUUCGGAGCUUUUCUGGUUCAUGCACUCAUGGGAGGGUUUGAGAGGUCCAAUGGUGUGUUUUACCUGCAGUUUAAGGAGAAGUUCAACCGCUCGGCCACCGAGACUGCCUGGCUUCUAUCCAUAUUCUCAACACUUAGGCUUGCAAUGGGUCCUGUAGCCAGUGCCCUAUGUAACAAGUUUUCCUGCCGGUUUGUGGUGAUCCUGGGCUCGGCGAUCUGCACCCUGGGUGUGCUGAUCUCAGCCUUCAUGCCCGACUUGCCCUAUUUAUACCUGACAUACGGGGUACUAGGGGGAGUGGGGAGGUCCUUCACAUAUACACCCAGUCUCAUCAUUGUGGGCUACUACUUUAAUAAAAAAAGAGGUUUGGCGGUUGGUUUGGCCACUUCCGGAGUUGGCAUCGGAUGUUUCGUGUUCCCUCCUGUGGUAGAGAUCAUGUUCAACCACUAUGGGUUUGAAGGAACGCUCCUCAUCUUAUCUGGAGUGAUCAGCAACUUCUUUAUUUGUGGCGUCUUGUUUAGGUCACUUGAGCUGCACAAGAAAAUUAUGAAACAAGACAGAAUUAAAAAGAUGCGGAAAGAAUGUUCUACAAAAGGCGAACCAGUUGAAAAUUUGUUACCAGUUUCCAUGGUAACCAGACAACAGAACCUCCUCUCAUCGCAGUCAGCCGCCAAAAUGUCAUCCGCAAUCGAAAUAACUGCAAACUACAAAAUUGAAGCAUCCAAGACUUCUAUAUUUAGGAGAAAAUUAUCACAUGUGAAAACAGCUAUAAAAGGGAAGGAUAAACCAAAAACAGAAAAAGAAAAGAAACCUCUCUUGGAACUCUCACUUUUCAAAAAUUUUGGUUUUACCGCUUUGUGUUUACAGUUAUUUUUGUACACUUUAGCUUUCAAUUUGACGUUUGUUUUCUUACCAGCGUUAGCCAAAGAAAAGGGCAUAUCUCAACUAGAUGGUGCGUGGUUAUUGUCAGUCUUGGGCAUUUUUGACGGCAUUGCUAGAGUAGCAAUGUCAACAGUGCUUGAUCUAAAGAGAGUAAAACCUUACCGGCUUAUUAUCUACAAUGGGGUCAUGUUUGGAAAUGCCAUAGUCUCCAUAAUGCUGCCAUCAAUGACCAAAUUCUGGCACUUUGCCGUUAUGAGUGGAUUGUUUGGCCUUCUGUCAGGGACAUACAUUUCACAGAAAUCGGUUGUGGUGGUGGACGUCCUGGGGGUUGAGUCUCUUUCAAGCUCCUUCGGACUACUGCUCCUCUUUCAGGGACUCAGUGCUCUUAUUGGGCCAACUGUCGGAGGUUUAUUUAAAGACAUGCUAGGAAGCUAUGACAUGGCGUUUUAUUUUGGCUCAAUUGGAAUCAUUCUUGGAGGCCUAGUGAUGGGGGUGGGAAAUGUAUGGAUAUAUCGCCAGAAACGCAGGCAACGAGAAGCCGAUACACAGACAACAGACAGAUGAAAGACAUGACAACUAGAACCCAUGAUAGAUAUAGUGAUUAUACAUAUGAUACAUGACAGUUAACUUAGUGAAAAUAUAUUUAAAGUAAAUUAUGUGGGCAUACAUGUACAAAUGAGCAUGGAAUUGAUAAAAGAAUGGUCUAGUGGUAAUGUUGUUCAACUCACCCUAGAGGUUUGGCUUUCGAGGCCCCCCUCCCCCCCCCAGUGAAAAGUUCUGUUUUCUUCUCAGAAAGGACACAUGUACUGGUUUAAAUUUACCCUGGAAACAGACUUGAGAGAAAUUCAUAUCAGCUGACAGCUGUUUUCACAAUGGAGCUAAGGGCUAUUCCAGUAGAACAUGUAACCCAUGGGGGGAUGGCAAUUAU